UUUCUCCGUGUGUGUGUUUGUUGUGCCCGUCUUGCCCGUCGUUGAGGCACCAUGGAUCUCCGCGGCUUUGCUUCGUUGUCGUUUUCGGCCUUUUGACACGAAGCCACUUUGUUUUCUUCUUCCUUUUUCGUGUAAAAACUGACUGCGGUAUGGCACAGGCGGCCCACAUUAACCUGCUGGAGCUCAGCUGCCCCGUGAAGGUGGAGCACGACAGGAAGAGAAGGCAGUUUACUGUCAGGCUGAACGGCUCACAUGACCACGCUGUUUUGCUGUAUGAAUACAUUGGGAAAAAGAUGGUUGAUCUGCAGCACACCGAGGUGCCUGAUGCCUACCGAGGAAGAGGGAUUGCAAAGCACUUAGCCAAGGCAGCCAUGGACUUUGUCGUCGAAGAAGAUCUGAAAGCCCACCUGACCUGCUGGUACAUUCAAAAGUUUGUUAAGGAGAACCCUCAGCCUCAGUACUUGGAGCGCAUCCUGCACUGACGUCCCCACGGGCAGGCUGGACUGGGACCAGUAAGCCCACUUCGGGAUGAAAGCGGCUUGCUGGUCGGCACUCUGGACGUUCAGACUUCACGUUGGAGCUCACCGCUGGUUCAGGCUCUUGGCACGAGGAGAGGUGAAGCCGCGCUGCGAGGUGCCACGUCCCACCCGUACCCUGGACCAACCGCUGCUUCACUUGAAGGGCUAAACCUCUCCGGUGAUCUUUUGUCCAAUUGCAGCCUGCAUUGUCUUGGAAAAAACUGAAAAGUAGCAGCGUGGCUUCUGUAGUUUGGAUCAAAGGAGUUUGUGCCAUGGACUUCUUACCAGCGCAGCGAGAAGGCGGCUCAGACGUCAAGGCCUCUCUCUGCCCAAGUGGACCUUCACAGAUCACUGAAGGAACAGCUCAGCGGUACAAACACACGGCGAGGAAAAGGAAACUGGCGGCUACCGUGGGCAUCUAACAAACAGCCUGGUGGUACCACGGCACCGUCAUUUACUCUCUCACCCGGCCUCGUUCAGCUGGCACUCCUUACGUCCAUUGGGCACCAACUCGUGUAUGAACUAACCGAUAACCCGCUGGUGUGAAUGACAGGUGAGCGCUGCUGGAGUGGAGACGUCAAGUCGCUCAUCGGCUCUCAACAUGGACUCUGCUGUUCCUCUGCGGCGGCUGGCAAUAGAGUGCCACCCGCUAGUUUGGCUCUUUUCCUUUCUCAAGCAGCUCCUCGGCUUCCUUUUGUCGCAGUCUCUCAAAUUUUGGGUUUCUUGCAGAGCCCACACUUGUAAAGAUGGCUCACAUUGGACCCUCUGGUUUACCCCCAAGUUCACAGUAUGCAGGUGCCACCAUGUUUGAUAUCUGGAGCUGCCUGCCAGUCGUGUGGUGGCAGAGAUCAUGAAACCGGAUGUGACAUCCGAGCAGCAACUCGCUGCCAGCUGACCCACCGACUGACGGCUGCACCUGCCGCUUGAAGGAGAGACACUUGGUGUUUAUGUGCCUGCUCAGGUCGAAGGGGGCACAGUGGGUGGCAGGGAGCAGCUUUCUACACGUCACUAGCCUUACUCAUUGUGCUCCUGAUGAUGAAGAGGAGUCGAGUCGAGUCAAGCCGAUGCAACGCCUCAUCUCCUUGUUUGACUCUCUGAUUCACCAAACAAAAGUACUGGUGACGGUAACAAAAUGGGGCAAGAGUGGCACAGCAGGCCCUCGACCACCCAAACCUGCAAACCCUUCUCCUUUUUAGAAAUUGGGGGGGGGGGGACAAAGAAUCAGGUGGUCCAUCAUCUGAAUGUGCCAGUCGGGCCUCUCACAAGUGCCAUCUUUGCCCAGUGCGAGUGGCAUUGCCAGGGGGGGUCAGAACACCCUGCUGUCUUCCACACUUGGGACUUGGUGCUUUCAGUUGAAGUGUGUGUGUGUGUGUGUUUUACUUGAUUACAACACUUGAGGUGCUCAUGUGGAGAGAUGUGCCACACCUGUGUGUGUGUUUUAUGCACUUCGGAGGGCACAUCCACUGUUAGGAGGGUCAGAUCACCCAGCAGCAUGUCAGCCUUUACUUAGAACACUGCAGCCGGUGGUCCGACACCUCACUCGCCCUGCGUCCUCGUCACCUGCCCGCUGGCCCCUUUGCACUUGAGCAGGUGUGUCCCUUCAGGACGUCGUGGCUGACGAAGCGAUGCCAAGGUGUUCGUCACCCUUGCAGUCGGUUGUUCCUUCCUUGACCCCGACAUCCUCGGCGUUUUCCCCUGAGGGUACUUUGACUGUUACUUGCUGUCGGUGGAGGGUCAGGGGGUGGCAGCGCCCCCCAAGAAGUGUCCUGUUAUAGCACUCACCUUUAGCUGGCUUACCUGUGAAGGACGCUCUCUCCCUCUCUGUGUGUGUGUUAAUGGCUGUGCGCCCGCCACUACGUGUGCUUACAGCUCCUUCCAGGGAUCAAACGAGUUCCACAAAAUGGACGGACAGAAUGUUAACGUUCAGGUAACCCUGCCGUCCAGUGACCCUCGCAGCAGCACAUUGUGACGGUGCCACUCCAGAACAUGCCCAGUGCCCGGUGAAGGCUGUGAUGUGCAGGAGACAGUGAGGCGCUUUCUUUCUGUCUCUCUGACUGAUGCGGAGUCUUUUGUGAAGCUCGGCCUUUGUGGCACCGAGUGUAAAGGGGGGGGCCGUGUGGAUCAGCGCUUCUCGGGCCAUCAGCUGCCACCCUAGGUGGCCCUGCAGGACUUUGCCCGCCGCCUCUUCUCCGCUCUGCGUGAGUUUUGGAAGUGGCCAGCUUUCCUGCGGAUUUGUAGUCCUUUGUAUCUUUUCUUUCCUUUUUAAUUGUGUAACUUUUAUGGUAUUUUUACUCCUCUCUGGGUUUUGUAAGCCGCCUGUUUUCACAUUUCUAAUAAAUCUUUCUCUUGACUCUUC